UGUGAAUGUCUGUUUUCCACAGCUUUCAUUUCUCCAAAAAAUGAGUUUGAGCCACAUGGAGAAUAUGCCUUUAAGCCAUUCAAGUCCUCAAGGAGCACAGAGAUCAUCCUGGAAGCCAUGGCUUCUCUGCUCAAUCACAGUGAUGGUGCUAUUGCUUUGCUCCUUCAAUAUGGUUUUUACUUUCCUCCCACUCAAGACUGCUAAUGAGCCCUGUGUAGCUAAGUUUGGACCGUUACCCUCAAAAUGGCAAAUGACAACUAUUGAACCUCUCUGUGUGAAUAAGUUAUCUGAUUGGAAGCUGGAGAUACUUCAGAAUGGCUUGUAUUUAAUUUAUGGCCAAGUGGCUCCUGAUGCAACCUACAAGGGUGUAGCCCCUUUUGCGGUGCAGCUAUGUAAAAAUGAAGACAUGAUACAAAUUCUCACCAACAAUUCUAUAAUCCAAAAUGUAGGAGGGACUUACGAAUUGCAUGCUGGAGAUAUAAUACACUUGAUGUUCAACUCUGAAUAUCAAGUUCUAAAAAAUAAUACAUUCUGGGGGAUCGUUUUACUAGCAAAUCCCCAAUUCAUUUCCUAGAGACUUGAUUUGGUCUCUUCAUCCUCUUGAGCACGUGCAGAAGUACCAGUGGGUGG